AUGGGUACUAGCAUUUUUAAUAUUCUUAUUUCUCAUAAAACGGAAGAGCAUGAUAUAGAAACAUUUUGGAGAUUGGAAUCGAUUGGUAUUAACUCGAAGGAAACAGACAUAGACGAUACAGAUUUUUUGGAAACAUAUCAAGACACUUCGAUUGAACUCAGAGGUAAUAAAUACUUUGCAAAAUUGCCAUGGAAACAGGAACAUGACGAACUACCAUCAAACUAUACAGUCACAAGAAGAAGAACAGAGAACGUUAUUAAGAAACUUAGUCAAGAUCCUAAACUACUAAAGAAGUAUGGAGAUAUAAUCGCCGAACAGGAACGCAGAGGAUUUGUUGAGACAGUAGAUGAAAAUGAACAAAAAGGCGGGAAAAUUCAUUACAUUCCACACCACCCUAUACACAAGGAAUCUAGCACAACUCCUAUACGAAUAGUAUACCACUGCAGUUGUCGUCAAUCACCAAGUCAUCCAAGUCUAAAUGAUUGUCUUAUGGACACACCACCAAAAUUAAAUGAUUUGACAAAACUCCUAGUACAGUUUAGAGCCAACCAGUUUGCUACAUGUAAUAUAUUGAGAAAGCUUUCUUACAUGUUGGAUUGA